AUGGCCACCAUCUUAGUCAGAGACAAGACUCCACGGGUCGCCAAUGACCCGGACAGCAAGCUAGGGCCCGAUAUAUCAACCACUUCCGUGAACACGAUACCACCUCUCGGAGAGCCACUACCCAAGAAGCGAUUCUGGUUCCAGAAGACCAGGCCGUAUGACCCCGAUGCUAUAGCCACACAGGCCAGCGUGUUCGACGAUCCGGAAACCGCAAAACAAUAUCAGCCGCCGCCCGAAUGGGAGAACACCCAUCGCUUCAACCCCCUUGCGCGAUGGACAUGGCGCGAAGAGGUUCGGUUGGUGCGCAAGAUCGACUUCCGGAUCAUGGUGUGGACCUGCAUCAUGUUCAUGGCCUUGGAGCUCGAUCGAGCAAACCUUUCCCAGGCCCUAACCGACAACUUUCUCCCUGACCUGGGCUUGACAACCAAUGACUACAACCUCGGUGUCACCGUCUUCCGGCUUUCGUUUCUCUGCGCCGAGCUGCCAUCACAGUUGGUAUCCAAGUGGAUGGGGCCGGACCGUUGGAUUCCGAUGCAGAUGAGUCUCUGGAGCAUCGUAGCGGCUAUGCAGUUCUUCCUUUCCGGCCGCGCGUCGUUCCUCGUCUGCCGCUCUCUGCUGGGAAUCCUGCAAGGAGGAUUCAUUCCCGAUGUGAUCUUGUACCUUUCGUACUUUUACAAGCACCACGAGCUCACUGUACGACUGGCUUUCUUCUGGACCGCCAUGAGCAUCGCCGACAUUUGCUCGGCCCUUCUCGCCUACGGGAUCCUGCACAUGCGGGGAUUACAGGGCCACUCUGGCUGGAGGUGGCUCUUCCUGCUUGAGGGUUUGUUAACCCUUGUUAUCGGCCUCUUGGCCUUCCUCUUGAUGCCAGCUGGACCGUGCCAGACGGCGAGUUGGUUCCGAGGGAAGAAUGGCUGGUUCACCGAGCGUGAGGAGACGAUCAUGGUUAAUCGUGUUCUGCGCGACGACCCGAGCAAGAGCGACAUGCAUAACCGCCAGCCCAUCACAUUUGGGCUCUUGUGGCGGAGCCUCAAAGACUUCGACCUUUGGCCGUUAUAUAUCCUGGGGCUUACGUUCCAGAUCCCAAUGACACCACCGGCGCAGUACCUCACCCUCACCCUCAGACAGCUGGGCUUUGACACCUUCCAGACGAACCUGCUGGCGAUACCCAACACCAUCGGCCAUAUCAUAACCAUGGUUCUGAUAACCUAUCUCUCCGAGGCAGUUAGCCAGCUGACGCUUGUGGCUAGCCUAGGGCAGAUAUGGUCGCUGCCGUUCCUGAUUUACCUGAAUGCCGUCGACACGGCCAAGGUGAACAGGUGGGUGAUAUACGCGGUGACCACUCUGCUGCUCUGCUAUCCCAACCCCCAUCCGAUCCAAGUUGGAUGGAACUCGCGCAACUCCAACACGGUUAGGUCCCGUACCGUGUCUGCUGCAUGUUACAAUAUGUUUGUCCAAGCUAGCUCUAUCAUCGCCUCCAACAUCUAUCGUCAAGACGAUGCGCCGCGAUAUCGACGUGGGAACAAGCAGCUGCUUGGAAUCCUUUGUAUGAACCUUGCGCUGUACGGCCUGGUGAAGGCGUACUACGUGUUCCGAAACAAGCAACGGGACAAGAAGUGGAAUGCCAUGACACCGGAAGAGCGACUGCAUUACCUCGCCACCACCACUGACCAGGGCAACAAGAGACUAGACUUCCGGUUCCAUCACUAA